UGGGAACGCAUGGAAAGCGCGGAGCUGGGCGGGGCGGAGGAGCAGGACCUCCUCCCUCGGCUGGAGGAAUAUUCCGGCGACGUUUCCGUCGACUGCACUCUGACGUUGGGGCCUUCUUCCCGUGGCGGCGUCGUCGCAUUUCCGGCGGAAGCCGGCGGGCUACGUGCUUCCCCUUCGACCUCAUCGUGGUUCGUGGGCGUGGCGAGUGCGCAGAAGGAAAGCGGCCGCGCGGCGAGCUCGUCGUCGACCGGCAAGGUGCGGAGGUGCGCGACGUGCGCGACGACCCAGACUCCUCUCUGGCGCAACGGACCCAACGGCGCCAAGACGCUGUGCAACGCGUGCGGGAUCCGGUUCAAGAAGGAGGAGAGGAGGACGAAUCUGGGGACCGAUUCCCGAGGGAUGACUCGGUCGUCGAAGAAGCCCAAAGUCCAUGUCUAGAUUCGCGGAUUUGUUUUUUGGUCACUAGAUUGACCGAUUUUCGAUCAAACUUUGACUACAUAUCAUGGCUCUCUCUCG